AUGGCUAAAAUAUGGAUUGAAGUAUGCUUGAUAUCAGCUCGUGGGGUGAGGGGUUCACCCUCACUUUGGAAGCGGCAGUGGUUUGCAGUUGGGUGGGUUGAUCCUAAGAGCAAGUACUGCACCAAAGUUGAUGCUUCUGGGAAUGUCAACCCUCUUUGGAGGACCAAGUUUGCCAUACAGGUUGAUGGGUCCGACCCAGAUCUUGCACUCCACUUGGAGGUUUAUAGCAGAGAUCCUUUGUUCCUUACAGAGAAGCUUCAUGGCUCCGCAACAGUUGUUCUCAGAGAGUUUCUGGCCAAGCAGGUCCCCGGGUCUGAGGAAGUAGGAAGCUACCAAUUGAGAAAGAAGAAAUCCAACAAGCCAAAUGGCUUCAUUGAUGUUUCAAUCCGUCUUUCUGAGAACAAGGAGGAGCCUAGUUUCCACCCACAAGGUGAUGGGGGAGGCACAGUGCUCUUGGAUUAUGGCAAUAAUACUCACUUGACCCCAGGGGCUGGAUUUGGGCAAGCAUAUCCACAGCAAAAGCCUCAACCUUCCUUCCAUCAUUUUCACGGGUCAGAAAAACAGGGCCAAACUAAUGUCCCCUACUCACAUCCAGUGCCAUUUCCUGCAGACUAUGCUACUAAUCCUCCUUACAUGGUUGGGCCAAGCUACCCUGCAGCCACUGGACCAAGUUAUCAACCACCCAGAACAACUCCUCCACCACCACACUCAAGUGGUGGUUAUGCUCCCACUUUUUUCCCAAGUAAUGGUGGCAUGGCACCUAGUUAUUUUAACAUGCCAUCAUCAUCAUCAUCAUCAUCGUCUGGGGCAGGUCCUAGACCAAGGGGUCCUCCAGGAUUUGCAAUUGGGGCAGGUGCAGGAGCAUUGGCAGCUGGGGCUGUAAUGUUUGGUGAUAACUUCAUGUCAGGAUUAAGUGAUCCAAGUCUUACCAUUGCAACUGAUCCUCUCUUCUGA